AUGAAAGAGAAGGAGUUUCAACGAGAAGCCGAAGUCGCCUGCUUCCUUCUGGACAGAGAAGAGCAUCUGAGUGCCAUUGCCGAAGCACCAAUGGAAAGCCCUGAGCAAAGCUUGCAUGACAUGAGUCUUGCUGAAGCGGACAUGGACGAGAAUGUCUUCAAUGACCCCAUGAACAGUGUAUUGGGUGGUGCACUAAAGGGAGCACAGCACAUUCACAACCUUCCAAUUAUCGGACUUGACGAGACUGUGCAUGACCUGCCCUCCAAUGAAGACCGUCCUGAUGAGCUCUUGCCCAACCUUGAGAUGCCAAUUUUGCCAGACCCUGAGAAGGUCCUCUGUGAAGACGAUAUCAUUGGUGUGAAAGCAGCAAUAACUUAUGAGAACAGCAUGAAGCAGCUGGUCACCUUUUUAGCUCUGCCUGUAGACAGAUGCACUGGCGUUCUCAGGACGGGUCAAGUGUGUGACAGUGUUGCCCCCUUUCACACAAACAUCUCCUUCAAGGGCACAGCAAUGAGCGUGGAAUGGAUCUGCCCCAAUGGACACUGCCUAUGGAGGUGGAACUCUCAGCCUCUCUUUAAAUUUGGUAUGCAAGCCUGGGACUUUCUCCUUUCCACCAACCUGCUGCUCGCUGGAAACAACUAUGCCAAAGUUGCUCUCCUGUUCAAAUACAUGAACAUGGGCAUGGUGAACCCAAACACCUUCUUCACCAUCCAGGAUACCUACUGUGUUGACACAGUAAAAGAAUUCUGGGAAGAGCAGAGGUCUGAGGUCAUCAGUCAACUUCAGGGAAAAGAUGUGGUUCUUCUAAGUGACGGCAGAAAUGACUCACCAGGGCACUGUGCACAACUGUAG